GGGAGGAGAAUAAGAAGGGCAAAGCGUGUGAGAGUGGUUCUUUCAGCUGGCUCCAAAAAGUGAAAGCUAGUUCCGCUGAUAGACUGCAUGAGAAAAAGAUGGAUCUCAGCCUGAGAGUAUAGAGACCCACAAAAUCCAAAACCAGAGAGAUUUUUAUUGAAGACAGAACUUUGUGUGAACGAGGCAGUUUCCUCCAGCAGUAGAGUUGUAAUGAACUCCAUUGUGUUUGCAGUGUCUAUAUUGGUGUCCAGCCAGUCUCCUGCCAUCCUGUUCCUUGCUGUUGCUGCUCACUGCCACCAUGUUGUACCCAUCUCUGCUGUCUGCCAUUCUGCUUCUAUUGGCCCCCCUGGAGCACACAGAGGGGCGUGCCCUGCACCCCUCUCCUGAUGCCAUCCAGUUUGUUGAGCAGUUCUUAGAACACUACAACAACCUCCUGCCCAUUGAUGACCCUGAGAACCUGGUGGUCAGUCAACCAGAAGAGCCCUCCUCAGCUUUCCCUUCCGGAGUCAAGGUUGCGGAGUACCCCAAAUGGUCAGACCUUCCACCGCAGGGGGACAGCACCUGGCUCCGCCUCCUGAAAGCGACCCUUGCCAAUCAAAAAAGGGCAGUGAUGGACCGGUCGAGAAGGGGGUGGAACCGAGGAUGCUUUGGAUUGAAACUGGACCGAAUUGGGUCAAUGAGUGGUCUGGGUUGUUAGUGGGAAGAUAUAAAAAAAAAAAAAAAAAGACAGACUGAUGUCCUUCAUGGGCAAUUUCACUGGUGCAGUCGUUUACACACAUUCAGUGAAUAGAAAGACUGUGUAAGUGCUGUGGAUGUCUUCAUGUAGUGUCAUUUGCAAAUGUGAGUGUAAUGAAAAUUACUUGGAUUGUUGGAAGGGGUUAGCUGGUUUUCUUUUGAAUCCUUAAAGUUUCAAGUUGUUUUAAUAACCAACUUUGUUUUAAAUGUUUCUAACAGUACACUAAGGAAAUGUUUAAAAGUUGUAUAUCUUGACUAGUAGUCAUUGUUAAUGUUGGAAUAACAGUCAUUGCAUGUUUGAAGGGAAAGAGUAAUUUGUCAUGGUUCUGCUCUUUGUUUUCCAUACAUUUGGCAUGAAUAAAUGUACACAGAAAUCAA